CAUUAUCAAUAGUCUUUUUAGCUUCGAAAUCCUAAACUGACAGUGACUUCUUCAUGCUCUCUUUAUCUAACGUCCAUCUAUAGGAAUCAGUGGGAUCAGAACAAACGACAAUAACUGCGACAAAGAUAGCGGAGAUCCUUAUCGCCAUUAUUAUAAAUAAACAAAAUUUCCUUAGUUCAAUUAAGACUGUUCUUGCUUAGUCCAUGGAGAACACUACUGGGUUGUGUGUGUUAUGGGUUAUACUAUUGUUGGGGUGUGUCAUUUCCUCAGAAUCUAAGUAUAUAAGGUAUAACACAACGACAACCAUUGACCCUGCCAAGAUCAACGUUCACUUGGUCCCUCACACUCACGACGAUGUUGGCUGGUUGAAGACUAUUGAUCAGUAUUAUGUUGGUUCCAACAACUCAAUUCAGGGAGCAUGCGUUCAGAACGUGCUCGAUUCCCUGGUACCCGCAUUGUUGGCUGACAAGAAUCGCAAGUUCAUUUAUGUUGAGCAGGCAUUUUUUCAGCGAUGGUGGAGAGAACAAAGUGAUGAUAUUCGGAACAUAGUCAAGGGGCUGGUCAAAUCUGGUCAAUUGGAGUUCAUAAAUGGAGGUUUUUGUAUGCAUGAUGAGGCUGCUACUCAUUACAUUGACAUGAUUGAUCAGACAACUCUUGGACAUCAAUUUCUCAAAGAAGAAUUUGGAGUGACUCCAAGAAUAGGGUGGCAGAUUGAUCCAUUUGGACAUUCUGCUGUUCAGGCCUACUUGUUGGGGGCAGAGGUUGGAUUUGACUCUCUAUUCUUUGCACGGAUUGACUAUCAAGACAGAGCAAAGAGAAAAGAUGAAAAAACUCUUGAAGUUGUGUGGCGGGGCUCUAAGAGCUUUGGUUCAUCAUCACAGAUAUUUUCUGGUGCGUUCCCUGAGAAUUAUGAACCUCCCAGUAAUUUCUACUACGAAGUAAAUGACGAUUCUCCCAUUGUUCAGGAUGAUGUCAAUUUAUUCGACUACAAUGUCCCUGAAAGAGUAAACGAGUUUGUCGCAGCAGCAAUAUCACAGGCCAAUAUUACGCGCACAAAUCAUAUCAUGUGGACUAUGGGGACAGAUUUCAAGUACCAAUACGCGCAGAGCUGGUUUCGGCAAAUGGAUAAGUUUAUUCACUACGUUAAUCAGGAUGGUCGGGUCCAUGCCUUGUACUCAACCCCAUCAAUAUACACCGAUGCCAAACAUGCUACAAAUGAGGCAUGGCCAAUCAAGACUGAUGACUACUUUCCGUAUGCAGAUCGUGUGAAUGCAUAUUGGACCGGGUAUUUUACAAGCAGGCCUGCUCUCAAAGGUUAUGUCAGACUGAUAAGUGGAUACUACUUGGGUCUUCCACUACUUAAAGAGUGGGGUAUCCAUGAUACCAUCAACAAAGGGGUGUCACCGAUUUCAUCCUAUUGCCAAUGA